AUGAAGAGUGGAACUCCUAUGAAGUCAUACAAUUUAAACAUAAACAGUUUGAACGAAUUAAAAAUGAAUGAUAAUACGAUAUACGAAAAUGAAACAUACGAUUUUGAUAAUGAUAAUGAAACCCAUGAAUUUUAUAAUUCAAAAUAUAUGGACAAUAGAAAUAGGCAAAUUUUCCCUUAUGAAACAUUAUAUAACAUUGAAGCCGAUUUUGGGGAUAUAGAUAAAACAGGAAAAAAUUAUGAAAAUAAAUUAGCAAAUGAAAAUAAUUUGAUUUUUAAAAAUGAAAUGUUAAGAAACUUAUUAAAUAGUUCUCAAAAGGUUAAAGACAUGCAAAGAAAAUUAAUUAAUGUUGACGAAAAAAAUUUUAUUCAAGUCUUACCACCAGAAUCAAAAAGAUUUUAUUCCAUUCCAAGAGAAAUUCCCAAUCCCCAUGCUAAUAUAAAAGAAGAGAAAGAUACUAAUUACAGUUUCAUAAAUAAUAAAAAUCCUAUCAUAGGGAACACAAAUAAACUUUUACAUAAUAAUAAAGAAUAUGAAGGUAAUGUAGUAAUAAAUAAAAAUAAAUAUGGAAAUGUAAAUAAUAUUGAAAACAAAGGAAUUAUGACAAAUAAUGAUAAUAUUUUAAUACAAAACAAACCAAGUUUAGAAGCAAUUCCAAAAGUACAUAACCCAGAAAUAGGAGAAAUAAAAGUUAAUAUAGAUGAUAUAAAAACUGGUUUAUUGUCAUAUUAUUCAAAUGUUUUUUCGUUAGAUCAUUAUGAUAUAGAAGAUAGAUUAAAUAUUUUGAAAUAUGGUAAAAAACCAAAUGCACCAAAUGAUAUUAAAUAUUCAUAUAUAAAUAGACAAAAUUAUAAACCAACAAAUAGACUAUCAUUCAUCCAAUACAAUCAUGAGCUUAAUGCUCCAAACUCUUCUUACCAACACAUAAAGCCUGAAUAUUACUAUAAUGAAAUGAAUAGUAAUACACAAAAAACAUAUUCAUACAAUAAUAACCCUAGUAAAUAUACCCGUAACUUGAUAAAUGAUGGUAGAGAUAAAUAUGACCAUGCAGGACAAAUUUCUGAGCUUUUAACAAGUUUAAAAAAUAAGUGCGAGGAUGCAAAUUUUAAAACAGAAAAUCUUAUUUCCCGAUUUAAUCGUAAAUAUGAAAAUCCUGAUAGCCGCUUUUGGAUCCAUAACCUCGUCCCAACGCAUUUAAGAAAACCCCAAUUAGAUAAUGAAGAUGGAAUAAGGAGACAUUUAGUAGAAACAUAUUCACAAUUGUACAAUGAGGCUAUGUUAAAUAAUAAAAAAAUUACAACACUUGAAAAAAAAUUACAUAUAUUAAAACUACGAGCUCAAAUGUUUAAAAAUGGAUAUAAUAAAAUGGAAACACGUAAUGCCUUGUAA